AUGAGAACCAUUUCACAGCAUCUGGACGCUCACACCCCCUCUCUGCCAACGCUUCAAUUUUCUACCCGUUCCGGGCAGAUGUUCGAGGAGAAGGAAGGAGUGUUGACAUCUACGCCCGUAACUUCGGACUUGGCUCCUUGGGAUUGGAACCUCGUGACUAUCGGAAAAGUGAGUCUUCCGCAUUCUAUUUAUUGCUGGGAGAGCAGUUCUAGUCGGAGACGGAACUACCGUUGUCGAGGGUCAGCGGACGGCGGAAGAGCCGGGAGGGGCGGAGGAAACCAGCAGAAUCGAGGAACAACCCUGAGGCCGUCAGUAAGUGUUUCGACUCCAGACGAAGCCUCAUCAGACAAUCCGCUAAAGAGAAAUUGUCUGGUAACAUAUGUAUCGCCAUCUCUCUUUCUCGGCUGCCUCUGUUGUUCACUGUGGGUAUUUGCUUCUGUAUGCCACGAAUGUCUUUUUAAGAAGCCCUUGUAUCUCUUCAGUGUGGAUUUCUUUCUUUCUUGA